CUCUGAUCAACAUUGGUUCUUUCGAAAGAUCAUUGCUUUGAAUCUGAUCAUAUAAAGUUUCCACCAAAACCCCUGCUUUAAAAUCUGAUCAUACAAGUCUCUACCAAAGAUCUUUGCUUUGGGGAGAUUUCUCACAACUUCUCUCAUGAAUUGCCUUUCUUCUUCGUCGGGCUAGUCUACGAUACCCACUACUUUGGUGGAGACUCAAUCGAAACAAGACACAGAGCGAGUGGUGAGUGAGUGAGGGAUACUUCUUUUUACCAAAACCUUACACACAAGGUGUUCGACGAUUUGUCUCUGUGAAACCUUACUGUUUAGUUUUCAGAAUUGGUCUCGUCCUUCAAUGGCUUUGAUGGUUUUGAGAAGAAACUGUCUCCGUUUGCUGGAUUCCACCUCCGUUUUACGACCAGCAUCUCAUUGUUUCUCAACGAGAUUCUCCAAUAGUGAAACUGGAAAAAAGGAUUCAGUAGGUGAAAACGCUGUUGGUUUGACUGGUUGUGGUAUAGAAACUGUGGAUGAUGAAGCUUGGCAUGUCUCGUCAUCUUUAUCCCAAGCCUGGCGACAAUUCCAAGCAGACACUGCAAAACACUCACCCUUAACAUUACAAGUAGGAAAAGAAACAAUGCUCAAUGAUGAAGAAGAUCCGGAUCUUGAUCAUGAUGAAAUCGAUAAUAUGAGAAUUCGCGGUGAUCUUUUCUUCAAGCUUGAUCGAGGUUCAAAAGAAUUCGAGGAAUACAACUACGACUUCCACCGCAAGAAUCAACACAAGAACGCUCGCAAAGAGCAAAACCAAGAAGAAGGAACAAAGAUGAAGAAGAAUAAUAAGAAGGAAGUUCGUGAGGAAUACAAGAAGAGAGAUGAGCCGAUGAUUAACUUUUUUACCGGUGAAAUGGUUCAUCCUAAUGCAGCUGAGAAGAAGAGAGAAAGAACAUUUACAUUUAACCAACUCACGGCUCCUUUCCAUUACCCGUUUUGCUUGGACAUCUACAUCUCAAAGGCCUCGGUUCGAGCAUGCGUGAUUCACAGGGUGACUAGUAAGGUUGUCACAGUGGCUCAUUCCAUUUCAAAAGACAUGAAAUUCGAUCUUGGUUCGACUAGAAACGCUGAAGCUUGCGCCGCAGUUGGGGCAGUCCUUGCUCAAAGAAGCUUGGAAGAUGACAUACACGACGUUGUAUACACUCCUAGGAAAGGAGAUAAAAUUGAAGGUAAGCUUCAGGUCGUGCUUCAAGCUCUCAUUGACAAUGGUGUUAAUGUUAAAGUGAAGCUUAAGCAGAGGAAACUCAAGAAGAAGACUAAUCAUCUAACGAUGGCCUAGAAGAGGACUGGAGAAUCAUCAUCUCUCUCUUACUCUCUCUUAUUACAAAAGAAAAAAAAAAGGAUGCUUUAAUCAUGCUACUAGUCAGUCAUAGAGAUUAGCAUUUUACAGUUUUGACUAGAACAAUGUAAUAAAGAAGUUCUCAAUGUACCUUUCUCAAGAAGCUGAGUAAAGUUCGAAGCUUUUCGAUUAAGAAGACUCAAGCUCUGUAUCAUCUUCUCCUUCAUACGACUCGUUGUUCCUUUCUCUGAAUUUUUCUUUUUGUUGUUGUGGGAGAGAGGAGUGAUUUGAUCAUUCAUAUAUUUAAAACCGGUUCAAUUUUUUUUGAUUUAAAUUGUAAACCGGUUUCUAAUUGAGUUAAACCCAACCCUUUGUUUCGUCUU